AGUUAACAUGCAUGGCUGUGUUUAUUUACAAUAAAGAUUUGGCUUUUCAAAAGGAAAAGAAAAAUAAUGUUUAGCUGACUACUAAAUGAAUUACAUGAUAUUGUGAAGAAGUGGAAUUAUUAUUUGUUCAGAUGGAUUAUCGAUAUAAUUUAGGCAAUGGAACCCUGACGCGCGGAUUUGACGUCACAGCAUCAUGCAAAUGGAGUACGGAUACAAUUUAGGCAAUGAGGCAUUGACGCACGGAUUUUACGCCAUAGCAUCCUGGAGAACAGAUAUGAUUUAGGCAGAUUUUUAAGACGGUUUUACUCGUCGGCUAAAAUGAGAGUUAGGCAAAAUUCAAAGAUAAUAAGAUUUUGCGUUCUGUGUACGUUCUUUAUACAUGUCGUCAUAAUGAUAAUUGUAUCAAAUGAAUGCCAGUGGAUGGACGAAGGAUACAGAGAGAAAUAUCUCCACAGCGUCAUGACAUCUGAUUCAUCUCAUAAAAUCAAUCAAAUUACAGUGAACUCGGAAGUCUUACACAGUACGAAUUCAACAACGCAAACAUCUCGGCUAAACCCUGAUGAAAUUUUCAAUGUGGAUAUGAAACCAAAUUUAAUGUAUCUUCUUAACCCAUCAGAUCCAAAAUUUGCACUUACGGUUAAUGGGUCUUACCUUCUUGACAACAAAUACUUAUGCUCAUCUGUUUCAAGUUUGACAAUUCUCAUAAUGGUCCUAUCAGCACCAAACAACUUUGAUAGGAGAAAAGCCAUCAGAGAAACGUGGGCAAAUGGAAGCUUCUAUUCUACCUAUGGAACAGCAAGGGUUUUGUUUCUUCUUGGGGUCAUCAAUGAUUCUGAAGUCCAACGUAACAUUGAGAAAGAGUUUAGUCUCUAUGGAGAUAUUUUACAAGGAUCAUUCAUAGACUCUUAUCAUAACUUGUCCCACAAAUCCGUUAUGGGCUAUAAAUGGGUCACUGAACGAUGUAGAAAUGCUAAAUAUGUUAUUAAAACAGAUGACGAUAUAGUAAUCAAUGUGUUCCGAGUUUUAGAAUAUGAUAUUCACACACUGUCCAUUGACCUUUACCAUGUGCAUUGUAUACGAAAAGUCUUUAGCCCUAUUCACAGAGAUAAAGGUAGUAAAGUAUAUGUCGAACCCAACCAGUUUAAGGGAAGGAUAUUUUAUCCACCAUACUGUCAUGGUCAAUAUGUGAUGAUGCUAAAUGUCAUAGUACCAUACUUUUACAAGUCGGCAUCGCAGACUCCUUUGUUUUGGAUUGAUGAUGUAUUUUCAUAUGGUAUUGUAAUGAACAAUAUACCAGCAUUAAAAUACAGAGCAAUAAAACUGGAAGAAUAUGAUGCACCCUCCACUGACAAAAUUUUCCAUUGCUGGACACAAAAAAAGCCAAAGUGGCAUUACAUAUUUCAUGUUAUUCAAGUUGCUAAUCAGAUAGGAGACAUUUGGUCAUCAAUUUCUAGGCAUUAUGUUUAAAAUAACUGACAUGCCAUAUGUUAUCAUUAAUUCUUCGGUAAGGCAUAGAGUUUACAGUUUGUAUUUGGUAUAGAUAGAACUUAAAGUUAACGAGCUAAAAGGACAACAAAACUUAAAGAUGUCAGUCUUAAAAUCACUAGCCCCCUCACCAGUGUGGGUUCGAGUCUCGCUUGGGGUGUUAAAUCCUUCGUGUGAGGAAGCCAUACAGCUGGUGGAGUGUCAGUGGUUCUACCCAGAUGUCCGCCCAUGAAGAAGUAAUGCAAGGAGAUGCACCUGGGGUUUUCUUCAACCAUUAAAAGCUUGAAUGUCACCAUAUGACCUAUAAUUGAGUCGGUGUGACGUUAAACGCAAACUAUAUAUUGGUGGACCCUCGAUUGUUGUGGAAUAGCAAAAUAUGUUAACUUGAUAGUUUGCUUAAUUGCUUCUAAAAAUCCUAAAUACUUUAAAUUUGUACUUUAAUCAUUUGAAACAUUUUAGAUGCAUUAGUUUGUAAUCAUGCGUUUAUUAAUCAAUUAUGUUACCGAAAUUCAUGACUUACAUAUUGUGACUGAUUUCUGCCGUUUCAUCAUACCGUGUUUGCGCGAUUGAACAACUCGACAAAUUAGCGCGCCGAUACGACAGACGUAUUUGCACGCUGGUAUGACGUUUUGGCCUGUUCCUUCCAAACGCGCCAAUAAGCCAGAACGAAAUGGCAUAAAUCAGCUACCAUACAUAUAUUUUAAUCUAAGUAGUCUGUACAAGAGGACAUUUUUCAAUCUGUUUCUGACAUCGAAGCCACUAGUGUGUCUAUAAACUUCUUCGCAGACACUUUGGAUAUUGAUCAAAGGCUAGAAAUUUUCGAUAAGUCGGUUGCAGUAUGAAGAUGAAGUGAAUGAGGUUAUGAAAAAAGAUACUGCGCUCAGCCAAAGUGACGCUAAGGCAUAGGUCUUCGAGAUAAUUAAGAACUUUUAAAGUUACGCCGAAGAAAAAAAUAAUUUGAUGUGGUUCGAUGCCAUGAAUACUGAUCCUCUGUGUUAGGCUGUUAGAAAGAGAGUAAAUCAAUAUAUUGCAACAGAAAACAAUAAAGCGGAGGAAGCUUUGAAGUUAGCUACCUUCUGUUUUUACUGGACAAUUUCGACAUCCCUCUCUGUGUUCAAGAGGACGAAACUGAAUAGAUUCGAUGUCAGUGUUAGAGACAGAACGUUUGCGAGUGCUUCAAGAAUUUAACUAUUUGAUAGCAUUAAGCCGAAAUGCGGAAACACGGACUCGACGCCAUUUAAUUCAAAGUACAAGCUCCAGACAAACAGAUGCUAUUGUGAAAGCCAUGAGAAAAAUAAUUAGAUGAUCUGUAGAUAAAUUACGGCGAGGCGCCUUUGAACUUGAAAACAAAAGAAAGUUCAUCAGAACACAACUUUCUAUCUGAAUCAACCUAGUACGAAAAAUUAAGAAUUAUUUGUUUAUAUACUAGUAGUAUUUACUGUUAGUUUAUACAUUAUUUAUUUUAGGUCGAUUGUGAAGGAAGUUCUACAACUUAUAUUAAUCACUCUCGACACCUCAUUCCUGAUGGAAUCCAUCGCCACGAGGGCAUGAGAGAAGAGGCCAAUUUCCCUUUUAAUGCUGAGCGCCAAGCAACGGAGCCACUGGUACCAUUUUUCGCGUCUUUGGUAUAACGCGGCCGGGGAUCGAACCCACGACCUCCCACUGUUACCAAUACGACCUUUGUUGGUACCAAGAGUAUUAAGGAAGCAGUUUUUGUAUGAAACUGCAAGCGCACUAAGGAGGCAUUUUACGUAUCACUCUGCAGCGGCGGAGAUAACGAAUAUUACAUUAACAGGAGAAAAGUUUUCGUAUUUUGUAUCAUAUGGACUCUUUUGAGCCACAGAAGCCUCCAUUCAGGUCUUUGCCCCACCCCAACCCCCACCCUUCACCCCCAACCCCCUCACACACACACACCCAACUCCCAACUUACCAACCCGCUUGUAAUGGAAUUAAUCUAUUAUAAAUAUUAUGAUAAAAUGCCAAUUAAUGGCCCUUCUUGCGUCUCCCAAAGGCCUUCCUUUCAGUCACAGACAUCUCCCGAAGCCUCUAAAAACAAUUUAAAUCCAUGAAAUGCGUACAACAGUUAAAUAUUCAUAGAAGUGAGUAGAAUAUAUUUUUAUCUCUCUAAGUCCUUGGAAAAGUCAAGCUAACUGAUUUGGGGAUAGCUUUUGCUUUAGAAAUAUUCAAACGACUUAUUUUAGUUGCUGAAUUAUUAUCGAUCAUAAAAAGGCUGUGAUUUUUUUAUAUAUUCCUAUUGUCCAAUUUAUUUGACCUGUCAAAACAUGGACCCGGUUUUCAUUAUAUUCUGUUCGAGCCUAUAUAAGAUUAACAUGAAAGCCGGGAACAUGUUUUGACAGGUCAAUUAAAUAGUACAAUACUCGACCAUAUUUGAUAUAAAUUCGUUCUUUUUCACUUAAAUAUCUGAGUUUACAGAAAUAACUAUUUGUGGUCUUCAUUUGAAGGUUCAUAAUAAUAUGAAUGCCUUUGUAUAAAAUGUGGCUGCCACAUUAUCUGUUAUAAACGUUAAAAACAUUACUUUCUUGUUAAAGUCUAUUUCCAAUAAAUGCUUUCUUGCUGAAUAUACGGAGAAUGUUUUAUUGAUUCUAUUGUUUUUAUUAAUUACGUUUGUUGCUUUAACUAUCAUAAUAGCAGUUCAUGUGCAAUAUUAAAAGUUGUGCUUUUCGAGCCGUGUAAUUACGCAUAACAUCUAUUUUGAAAGCUGUGUUAACUGUUUUAAGGUAAAAUUUUAAAGCAUUAUGGACCUUUAAGGUUUCAACACGCCUAG